UUCCUCGUUUUCAAUUUCAGGGGCUUCGAACUCCGCAGCGCAGUAAUCAAAAAGCGCUGUUCGUGGGUUUUUUCGUUCGCUCCGCCGCCUUCAAACGCUUGCCAGGGAGGACAAUAUACACUGUUUUUUUUGCUGCGCCCGGCUGAUAAUUGUUGCUGUGCCCCACCGCCAAUUUGUCGCCCUUUGCCGUUGACGCCCCACGAAAAAAAUCGGCGAUUGCAAAAUAAUUGCAAUUAAAAGAGGAAAAAAGAGGCGAAGGCAGGGAAGACCAACAAGUGCGCCACACACACAGUUCGCUGCGCCAAUUGAAAGUGAAUUGCAAGUGAAAAUAGACGCAAAGUGGAGCAAUUUCAGCAAAUUGUUGCAUUCUGCACACGAAAAUAACGAAACAGCUGUGCGCCUUUUUUUGUUGUUUGUUUUUGUUCUCGCCGCCGCCGCCGCCGCCGCCGCCGCUGCGUGGGAGAGCCGAAGGAGCGAGGGAGAGAGCUAGAUCUGCAUCUGCCGAGAGCGAGGGAGAGGGAGCGACAUCAUGACCGACCUCAACGAACUGAUGGGAUCCCCUUUCGUGCGUGUGAAGCUGGUGGCCUUCGUGCACUUCUUCUUCAUCUCGAACGCCAUGCUGGGCACCUGGGGCCACGGGGCGUACGAGUUCUACAACUUCCUCUUCCUGAUCGCCAUGUUCUGGACGAUGCACAGCAAGGACUCCAUCGAGGCGGUCCAGACGGCGCUCGUCAUCAACGCUUCUAGCAUUUUCUUUGACAUAGUCAGCAUUGCUCUUCAUUAUGGCAUCAUGAAUGGCUGGGCCGUGGCGUUCAGCAUCAUCAACCUGAUCCUGCGGCCGGUGAGCGUGGCCCUGCUCUACCGCGAGUUCAACACGAGGGGCGGCACCCUGCAGACGGGCUCGGUCUUCCCCACCAGCCAGCAGAGGAGCUACCAGGACAUCGACCGGCCCACCCAGCCCACACCCACCAACUCGCAGCCCGGCCCCAACGUGGCCAGCAUCUUCUAGGCCCUCCAGGCGCCCUUCCAAAGUACCUAGACCCAUCACAUCGUCGCGGGAUCGCCUUGGAUCCCAGCUCCCCGAUGGAACAGCAAAGACAACCCCGUGCAUAGAAAGACUCCACUAGUCAGUGUCGCUGCCUGCUGAAAACUAAAACUCCCCACGAACGCGAAUCAAAAUUUUAUAUAUAUACUAAAAUCUGUGGGUGGUUGUUCGUCGAACUUUGUUUUGUUAGUGCAAUACUGUGAGAGAGACAACGAUUAAGGUUAAGCUUUGUAGUUAAAGAUGGAUUCGGAAUCGGAAUUAAAAAAUAUAUACAUACAUUUUUUUUUACGUUGGCAACGAAUAAAGACGGCUAAUCAAAUAAAUUAUACACAUAUAUAUAUAUUUAUAUUCGUAUUUGUAUUUGUAUUUGUAUAACAAAGAUUGCAAUUCUACAUUAUACUUAUCCUAGAUAACGUUAACGCUAAUUGUAAACUGUAAAACCCAACAGAAUAUUCGGAAAAUAAAAAGCGGGCGUCAUCAUUUGUAAAACAAUAAA